CCUCCAGUCGUGCCGUCAUGCGGACAGAACAAGCGUCCUUUUUCCCUAAACAAGAACAACAUCCCUAGCUUCCCACAAGAGAUGAUGUACGGGCGUUGCGCUCGUGUGCGUGCGCAUGGUAGCUCUUUCCCCACUCGAUGUAACCGAGACGCAUUGUGCUCUAUCGCUUACCCAUCUUCG